AUGGAGCGUACUUACAGUUUGCAAGCUUUGCAAGCUUUGUACGAAAUGCGUCGUGAGGGGGAACUUUGCGAUGCUAUUCUCAGAACAUCAGAUGGAGGGGAAUUUAGGGUUCAUAGGGCCAUAAUGUCGGCUUGUAGCCCCUAUUUUAGGACUCUAUUCACAACCACUUUACAUGUUCAGGAAAGACGUAACAUUCUGAUUCCUGGCAUAUCUUCUGAGAUGUUGAGCCUUAUCAUAGAAUAUGCAUAUACAAGAACGACCGAUGUCUCCUGGGAAAACGUAGAAGAACUCUUACCUUCAGCUGACCAGUUCAAUGUCAUGGGCAUUGUGAAAUACUGCUCUGACUUUCUGAUUUUAAACUUGAGACCAGAAAACUGCAUUGGAAUCCGACAGGUAGCUAGAAGUUUCUACAUUCCCGAGUUGGAACAGAAGGCACACAGAUAUCUGAUGACCAAUUUUCCGGAUGUGGCUAACGUCAGCGAAGAACUGAUGGAACUAUCCGUCGAAGAAGUGGUGAGUAUUUAUGGUGAUGAGGAAUUAAAUGUUCGAAAUGAAGAAACUGUUUGGAUUGCACUGAUAAAAUGGAUUGACCAAGAACCCCAAAGUAGAAAAAAACACAUCGUCCAACUGAUGCGCUGUGUUCGUCUAGGCUUGCUGGACACGCAGUUUUUUAUUGAGAAGGUCAAGAACCACCCUUAUGUGCUAGAGAACGAAGACUGCCGGCCAUUGGUCAUUGACACACUUAAGUUCUUAUACGAUCUUGAAAUGAUCACGCAGAAGGACGGCGAAAUUCCAACUCCUGACCUGGCUAGACCACGGAUUCCUUAUGAGGUCAUGUUCGCCAUAGGUGGCUGGAGUGGUGGGAGUCCGACAAAUUUCAUCGAAACCUACGACACCAGGGCAGACCGUUGGGUCAAGGUAGACGAAGUCGACCCACUGGGUGCACGUGCGUACCACAAAUGCGCUGUCAUAGACUUUGACAUUUACGUGAUUGGUGGAUUUGAUGGAAUAGAGUAUUUCAACAGCUGUCGAUGUUUCAAUGCUGUAACCAAACAAUGGCGCGAGGUGGCGCCCAUGAACGCUAGGAGGUGUUACGUUAGUGUUACUGUCGUAAACAAUAUAAUAUACUCUAUGGGUGGAUAUAACGGCCACCAUCGUCAAAAUACAGCAGAAAAAUACGACCACAGGUAUAACCAGUGGUCAAUGAUAGCUCCUAUGAAUGUCCAGCGAAGCGACGCCUGCGCCACUGUACUUAAUGACAUAAUAUUCAUUACUGGUGGUUUUAACGGGGCCGAGUGCAUGAACUCGGCUGAAUGUUACAAUCCAGAGACUGACCAGUGGAAUAUGCUCAGUCCAAUGAGGAAUCGCCGCAGUGGAGUGUCUUGUUUCGCCUACCACGAUAACAUCUAUGUCCUGGGUGGUUUCAACGGCAUUACACGACUAUGUAGUGGAGAGAAGUACAAUCCUGCCACAGACACCUGGACCCCUAUACCUGACAUGUAUAAUCCACGAUCCAAUUUUGCUAUUGAGGUGAUCGACGACAUGGUAUUUGCUGUGGGCGGGUUUAACGGAGUGACGACAAUCUUUCACGUGGAAUGUUAUGAUGAAAAGACCAAUGAAUGGUACGAAGCCACAGACAUGAACAUUUUCCGGUCUGCUUUAGCUGCUUGCGUCAUAUCCGGUCUGCCUAACGUGCACGAUUACAUCCACAAACAUAGGGACCGUCUUAUGGAGGAGAAACGGCAGAAACUUCUGGAACUACAACAAAACCAAGUUAAUCAUGUACUGGAACCGAUGAACAACAACUAACGUGAAAUUCUGCUUCUACAUAAAUUAAAAUAUUCUACAAACUGUACUUAAUCUAAAUGUCUACUUUCCAAAAAAAAAAACUUUUCUUGGAACUCAACCAAUCUUUAAAUUCAUUUCUACCUACCAGAAAAUCAAAUGUUAAACUUAAAUGUGUAAUUUCAAAAUUUCUAACCUGUUAAAACUUUGGCCACAAAUUCGGUAACAACAAAUGCAC